CCACUCAACGAUACAUAUGUGUGUGACAAGUUUGUGAUUCUUUUAUAAAUUUCACAAAUAUAAACGAUUUUGUUUGGUAUUUAAUAAUACCGUUUUCGUUUCUCAGUUUUUGGCACCAUACUCUUUCCUACACAAAAUCAGAAAGACGCCUUAACUUCUACAAAAUAUUUCAUUUAUCUAGUCUCUUUAUAAACUCAUUAUUAAUGAGUGGGUGAUAAUCCCAUCAAGAUGAUGUUUAUUAUAAAUUGGAUAAGGAGAACACUAUCUUCUUUUGGAUGGUUGAAUAAGGAAGCCAGGAUUGUCUUUCUUGGCUUAGAUAAUGCAGGAAAGACAACACUAUUGCGUAUGCUAAAGGACAAUAGAGUUGCCAUACACACACCAACUCUACAUCCACAUUCAGAGCAACUUACAUUAGAAAAAGUCAAUGUAACUGCCUUUGAUCUUGGUGGACAUGAAACUGCUAGACGUGUUUGGAAGCAGUACUGUGGCAACGUAGAUGCUAUCGUUUUCAUCGUUGAUGCUAGCGACAGAACAAGAUUUCAAGAAUCUGCAGAGGAACUUAAAUCUCUUCUCAAUGAAGAGGAGUUAUCCAACAAACCAUUCGUAAUUUUGGGGAAUAAGAUUGAUAAGCAGGGUGCUGCCUCAGAGGAAGAAUUGCGUAUGCAUCUGUCACUAUAUGCCAACGAGACAUACGGAAAAAAUUGUCGUCCUGGUCGUUGCGUAAGACCGGUAGAAGUUUUUAUGUGUAGCAUCAUAAAGAAGCAAGGAUAUGGUGAGGCGUUCAGGUGGCUAUCACAUUUUUUGCAAGAUGCAUAAAUAUUUUAAGCUAUUGAUUUAGUCCUA